CUUAGUUUCUAUGGUUUUACACUUUAGUUUAAUCCUACUAGUUAAAUGGCCUCUCCUGGCCCAGCCUAGCAAAAGUAACCAUCAUGAAGAACAUCGGUGCGAGGGGAAAAUGCAAACAGGGUGAAGGCAGAGACCCGGUGGGUGGACUCUAAUACACAGAAGGCCAGUAAGUGCUAAAGAUGCAUUCCAAACCUGCUAUGGGACCGUGUGUGGAAGAGUGAACCAACGUACCUUGAAGGACCUGCCAAUACUUCGGAAGAAGUCUUGGUCCCAAACCAGAGGAUCCUGUCCCAGGGAGCUCCCGGCCACUGAGCUGUGUCGUGAGAAGCCAGGACCCGGCAGAAGGUUUCCUGUCAUUGCGUGUUCAGAGAGAGACACGGGUGUACAAAUAGCUACCUGACACCUGACCUGAAGCCAGAGGAAACCGGCUGAGAGCCAGCAGACCAGGUAAACUCCCCCACACGGAGAACACACACCACGUGCCGUUUGUCAUUCCAGACCUGACAUGUGCAGCUCCAGUGAGUGUGACCUGGAAGACAUCCCCCUGGAGGAUGAUGACCCAAACAGCAUCGAGUCCAAAAUCCUGGCCUUCUAUGCUAGACACCAUGUCUUCAAAAGUCCCCCAGCUGUUUUCUCGCCCAAGCCCUCCAGAACAAGAAGUUUGUCCCAGAAAGCACUGUUAUCUUGGUCAACUGAUUCAUGGACACAGGGGUCAGCGCCUUGCAGAGGCUCCACCUCCAGUGAAAAGUUCAUAAACUUUGGCAAGAAGAAAUCUUCUUGGAGAACAUUCUUCAGAGCGGCGGAGAAGGAAGAAGGCCCACCGAGCUCCCCAAAGGAGGUCCGUACUCAGGGUGUUCAGGGCCCCUUCACAGUAGAGCGUCAGAGCGGCUUCCACAGUCAACACUGGGCCAGGUCUCUUUCCAGUGUGGAGCAGCGCCUGGAGAGUGAAGCUGUGGACCCCAAAGUUGCUUGUAUCGCUAACCGUGUGGCUGAAAUCGUGUACUCCUGGCCGCCUCCAGAAGAUUACCACAAUCAGGGAGGUGGCUUCAAGUUCAAAGAGAGUGCUCCAGAGCGUCUGUACCUCCAAACUCAAGGUGCUCAGUCUAGAACUUGCGAUUCAAAGAAAGAUGGAGAGGAUCAAGUAAUAAACAAAAUUGUUGAGCUGCUGAAAUACUCAGGGGAUCAGCUGGGAAGAGAGAUGAAGAAAGACAAGGCUUUGAUGAGUAGCUUCCAGGAUGGGCUGUCCUACUCAGUGUUCAAGACGAUCACAGACUUGUUCCUGAGGGAUAUAGACACCAGAGGAGAGUCAGAAGUCAAAGCACAAGGUUUUAAAGCUGCCCUUGCUAUAGACGCCAUCGCCAAGCUCACAGCCAUCGACAACCACCCAAUGAAUAGGAUGCUGGGCUUUGGCACCAAGUACCUAAAAGAGUACUUCUCCCCCUGGGUGCAGCAGAAUGGUGGAUGGGAAAAAGUACUUGGAAUAUCACAUGAAGAAGUUGACUGAAACAUCCAAAGAUCUGUCAUCUGGAAUGUUCCUUGUCCAAUGGUGGUCCUGUGCCCACCGCUCUCGGCAUAGACUUCAGGAGAAAAUUAAAACAGAUGCUGUAGAUGGAGCCCUAAUUUUCUAGAACCAUCCUUCCUUUGACUCAAGAUUCAUCAGGAGAGGCCUUGCUCUUUCUAGCUCUUAGGACUCAGUAGCAUGGACUUGCGUUGAGGUUAUUUGACUGCGAGGAAGUUCAUCAAGAUAAGUGAUCACUUUACCUGUACAUGUUCAGAUUGGAAACCAUCCCGUGUGGUUAGAGAAAGUGUUCCAUUCAGCGGUGUCUGCUGAGGAGAAAUGAUAAACAGAGCGUGUGCUUA